AUGAAACCACCGGCGGCCAGCUCCCACGAUGUCUUCCUGAGCUUUCGCGGCUCCGACGUCCGAAACACAUUCGUCGACCAUCUAUACGCCGCGCUUCGCCGGAGAAGAGUCCGGCCGUUCAAGGACGACGUCGACCUAGGCCGCGGCGAGAGCGUGAGGGAGGGCAUUUCGCGGGCCAUCGAGGGCUCGAGCUUCUACGUCGUCGUUUUGACGCGCAACUACGCUUCCUCGGCGUGGUGUUUGGAUGAGCUUGUGAAAAUCAUGCGUUGCUCUAGUAGGGACAACCACAACGGUGGCGGCGGCGGUGGGAAGAACACUACUUUCCCGAUCUUCUACCAUCUGUCGCCGGACGAUGUGUCCGACGUCGGCUUCUAUUACAAGGAUGACUUCGAUCGGCACAAGAGGCGGUACACGUACGAGAGAGUGGACGGCUGGAUUCAAGCGCUUGCGUGGGUCGUCGGCGUCGCCGGCUGGGUCGUCACUAACCGGCAGUACGUAUGUACGUGA